AUGAAUUAUACAGGGACGUGUCAUUCACAAUGUGAUACAAGGAACAAAGUGAUAGAAGGUUCUUGUACUGGCAGUGGCUGUUGUUCAACACCAAUUCCAAAGGGUGUAUAUGGUACGUAUGGGAAUGUAACUAGCAACCUAAACGAGGUUUGGCCAUUCAAUCCUUGCAGUUACACCUUUACGGCUGAGACAGAGAGCUUCAAAUUUAGUGCAUUGGAUCUUGUGGAUAUGCAUAGAAAAGGUAAAGAAGUUUUAUCAGUGGUAAUGGCGAUAGGUACGGAGACUUGUAUAGAAGCACAAAAGAAUUCGUCAACUUAUCAGUGCCAUGUCAAUACUUCUUGUGUGGAUCCUAUAAAAAAUCCUGGAUAUCGCUGUGUUUGUCAUGAAGGUUACGAAGGAAACCCUUAUCUCAAACCUGGAUGCAAGGACAUUAAUGAGUGCGAGGAUGGAAAGAGCAAUCUCUGCACAAAUACAAUAGGGAGUUACAGUUGUUCUUGCCCGGACGGCAUUUCUGGCUAUGGAAGAAAAGAUGGGAGUGGUUGUGUGAAACAUGAAUUUCCAAUAUUAGGAGUAACUUUGGGUGUUGGUUUGGGGUUACUUGCAUUUCUUCUGAUUGGUAGUUGUUGUUUAUAUUUGAUCAUACAUAAACGGAACCUAAUGGAACACAGAAAGAUAUAUUUCGAGCAAAAUGGUGGAUUGCUGCUAAAACAAAAACUAUCCGCGAAUGAAGUUGGUGUAGAUUUCAACGGAAAUAUUUUCUCCAUAAGACCUAAAACUUGUUGGAAAUCGACUAAUAAAAAAUAAUUUUUUAAAGUUUUAAUAAAAAAUUAUAAUUUUGUUUU